UAAAUGUUUAUUAGUAAUUGCCUCAUUAUAUACUCGGAACAAUUAGGGGCCGGUAUGUAGUGGCCAUCUGGCCUGUUUUGCAUGUCAUUGAUGAUGGCAUGUGCCUUUAAAUUUUAGACUGCCCGUUAUAUUGUGGGUGGGGUUUAUGACGUGGUUUUGGGCAUGUUUGGAGCUUAGAUGCUUGCGCAGAAGUCUAGUUUUUUAGAUUAGUUUGGAGAGACCAUGGUGAAGGUUAACCCUUCUACCAUGUACAAUACAAUACAAUACCAUUUAUUUGUCAUUUGAACCUCACAUGAGGUUCAAACGAAAUUUGGUUUCUGCAGCCAUACAAGAAAAGAACCAAGACACACACCAACACAAUUUACACAAACAUCCAUCACAGUGUGAUGGCAGGCAAAGUCUUGUUUCUCCCCUGCUCUCCAUUCCUCUCCCAAAGUCAAAGUCCCCGGCGGGCGCUAGCAAGUCCCACGGCCACAUAAAGCCGCGCCGGGCGAUGUAUGGCCAUGCUCUGGGUCCCGAUGUUGGAGGCCCCGGAGGGCUCUAGCAAGCCCCACGGCCAUUUAAAGCCGUGCCGGGCGAUGUAAUGCACUGCUCCAGGUCACUCUCAACCCCGUAAUUUGAGCGGGAGAAGUCGCCGUUGCCGGUGCCCCGCAAAGCAGUCUCCCACCGGGGACCCGCGAGCUCCCGGUGUCACCAUCCAUCGCAGGCAGUCGUGAGAUCAUGCGGGUCAUGUGCGGUCCAUGGGAGAUCUAAAGGCAAUCAUGUCAGAUCUUGCCAGUGUUAUGGAGACACGAGGAGUUUACUAAUGUCUAAAAUAAUAAGCUGGAGUUCGAAGAAGAUUGUAGUAAUGAGUCGGAAGAAGCUUGGAUGUAUCUUACUGUUUUCUAUCAACAAUAAAAUAUUUAUUCAUCAAAGGACUGUGUUUUGAUUCUAUAUCUGAGAAGAAGCUUUGAAGGUCUCUGUGAGAGCACACGUGCAUUUAGAAGACACCCCCUUCAACCAUUAUCAUCCAAAUAGCGGCUAUGGUGCUAAUUACAUAAAAAAUUUGAAAAUCUGCCGUUACAUCAACUAGCCGGGUGAUGGUAAGUCACGCGGCCGAAUCCAAGCUCCGCGAAUGGGUCGAUUCAAACUCCGCAGCCUGGGGCUGACGAAGUUCCCACCCUCCAGUCCAGUGGACGAAACUGUUGUUGAGAGCUUCGGAGAAUUGGUCACCAACCUUGGACCUGCGAGCUCCCGAUGUUGUCGUCCACUGGGCCCGCAGCAGAAGUCUCCGAGGCUCCGAAGUCGGUUCGCAGCCACAGCACCACCACAGCCUCCAAAGUUGACCAGCUUCGCAAUGGUGAGUCCACAGGCUCUGCCACCGGAGCCUCAAGGUUGGUUCCAGUUGGAGGCUGCCAGCUUCACGAUAUUAGGCCUCAGUGCAGACUGAGACGGAGACGGGGAUAUGACAAAGAAAAGGUUGCAUCCCCGUUGAAGGAAGAAGUUAAAACAAGUUUCCACCAACCCCCACACAUACACAACUAAAAAUAAAAGAAAACAUACAUCUAACAAGACAAAAGAAAACAAAAAAAAGGAAAAGACAGACAGACUGUAGGCGAACCGCAGCUGCUUGGCUGCACCACCACUUCCAGAAUUUUGUAUCUAUCUUCGGUUUAAACCAGCAUCUCCAGCUCCUUUCUACAACCUUAAAUAUGUGUGUAAUAGUAAGCUGUAAAAAGUACUGCUACUUUAUUUCCACUUAAAUACCUAAGUCGUAAGUAGUUGAAAGCACAGAUAUAAAGCUUGCUGGCUAACUUGAAAAAAUAUAAUUUGUACUGUUUAGAGUUCAUAUAAUUGUCAUGUGUGUCAAGGUACAGUGAAAAGCAUUUGUUGCGUGUUAACCAGUCAGCAGAAAGCCAACACACGAUUACCAUCAAGCAAUCCACUGUGUACAGAUACAUGAUCAAGGGAUUAACAUGAUUGGUAUAUUUUAACCAAUCCACAUCAGAUACUUAUUGGUCAUCGAUAAUUAUUAUUGCCUCAGUUCGUGUGGAGAGGUGUAAAUGGUGGAGGAGGGUGAAAAUCAAAUCCACGUUGAGGGACAAACUUUGUCCGAGUCUGUGAGAGAAGGGGAUUAGUGUCUUGGAGUUGAAUAUUUGUCAUGUGAAAGGGGGAGUCAGUGCUGACUGUUGUUCAAGGCUGCAGGAGAGGAGAGGAAAUCACUGUUCCUGCAAAGUUACAUUUGAUUGCAUGAAAUUGAUGUCAUUAUUCCAUUGUUGCCACUUGCAGAGAGAGAGAUAUAGAAAGGAAUCGGAGGUUUCAUUCUCAGUGGAUUACCAUACAUAAAACACUGGUUGCAGCAGGUCUGGCAGAGUCAGACAGAGAGGAUGAGAUGGAGACUGGAAUCAGUGCUGACUUUGGUCAUAAACACACUGUGGAUGCAAAACAUAGUCACGGACAGGGAUGUUUGUAAGUGUAAGAAUCAAACUCUGUGCAAACCCAUCUCUUCAAGCCAUCGCGUCCAAGUUGAGGUCUUUGGAUUUCACAUUGGAACAGAUCGCUGGGUGCAAUAUCACUGGCCGAAGAUUACAACAAUUGUCGUGUCUGGUGCUGUGGAAGAUAAGUUCUACUGUAUCGUCCAUUCAUAUAACAUUAGACUUGUCCUGAAAGCAGAUAUAACAAUGUAUCAUUUGAGAGACAACGCAACAAUGGAAUUGUGGAAGAACCACAUAGUAGUACUUGUAAGAACAUAUAACUUGGAUGGAAUAUAUAUACAUUUCAGCGGUAAAUUAAACAAAGGAACCUGGAAUUAUCAUGAAUUGACAAGGAUGGUGAUUAAAUCUGCAUCACAUUUCCGCAAUGAAUUACCUGGAUGUCAGAUCUCCUUUGCUGUGCCUUGGACUCCAAGCUGCAAGAAAGAAAGAUGCUAUGACUUUUUGGCAAUUGCACAUGUGAUUGACUUCUUCUUUGUUGAAUCCUUUAAAAUUCCUAAUGACAAGCGGGAAGGUUGUGUUGCAACGUCAAGCUCUCCCUACCAUCAUGUGUUAACAGGUCUCUCUGACUACAUCAAAAUGGGCGUUGACUCCAGGAAGCUUGUGAUGGGCGUCGCAUGGUAUGGUUAUGACUACACUUGCAAGAGUUUCUCUAAGGAUGGUACGUGUGAAUUGGAAAUUGGUUCUCAUAAGGACCCCUGUAGUUAUAAAGUAGCAAAAUUGAUGCGGUAUAAAGAUAUCGUAAAGCACCUGCCGAGAUCUCUAACUGGAAAGGUGUGGAACGAUGUCCGCAAAGCCCCAUAUUUUGUCUUCAUGGAUGGUAAAACCUACCACCAGGUCUGGUAUGACGAUCCAGAGAGCAUUUCAAUGAAGUCAACUUUCUUGAAGAAGCUCAAACUUGGUGGCAUUGGUGUGGUGAAACUAAAUGACUUGGACCAUAAUAGAACCGCCUGGGCAACGUUACACGCUGAGGAAAUGUGGAAUGCCCUCUGUCCACCAUGAAGGUCAUCCUGUGCUCAAAACAUUUAAUCUCUGUAUAAUUUAUCGCUUUGUGUUCCAUGGAAACAGAACAAUAAUUAGCUACUUUCUAGUGUCAGAAGUGAAAUAAAGAAAGAUCUGGAAAACAGCUUAAUGUUUUAUCCAAUAAAUUGUAGCAAAAUACAAAGAGAGGUAGCAAUGAAUUUGCACAUGGAUGGAACGUGGUGGGCGGGCAGGAGAACAGUGGGACCCUCUCUCUUUCCCAUCCCCCUCUGUGAUUCCUGCAGCUCCCCUGCUCUUUGACUGUGUUCUGACCCAGGCUCACCAAUCAAACCUGCCUCACUUGCCAGGCUUUGUCCAGCCCUCUUUUAUCUUCCAAAGUUGCUACUCCACCCAUCACAAUCAGUCUGAAUGAAGAUCUCGACCCGAAUCAUCGCCUAUCCAUGUCCUCCAGGGAUGCUGCCUGACCCACUGAGUUACUUGAGCAUUUUGUACCUUUCCUUGGUAAACCAACAUAUGUAUUGUCUUGCUACUGACUGGUUAGCACACCAAAAGCUUUUCAUUGUACCACGGUUCACGUGACAAUAAACAAAACUGUAUAAAGUGUAUGCACUUACUUGUUUCUAUAUCCCACGCUCAUUUUUCCAGCUUUCAUCUCUCUUCCCCAGUCAGUUUGAAGAAGGGUCCCAAUCUAAAACGUCAUCUAUCAAUUCCCUCCACAGAUGCUGCCUGACCAGCUGAGCUACUCCAGCACUUUCUGUUUUGAACAAAUAUUAUAGCUCAGCAUAGAAAGACCUUUGAGCCUCCACGCCUCGCUCUCCCUGCAACUUGGCAAGCUCAUUUCCUCAUUUUCCAAUUGCAAUGAAGGAUGUUUAAUUUGAAACAUGAACUCAAUUUCUCCCCUGACUAACGUUUCUGAUCUACUGAGUAAAUCCAGCAUUUUAUGCUUUUGCUUGGAAUUUCCAGCAUUGUUUGCUGACCUGGACUCCAGUCCCUCACGGUACACCACUGACCCUCGCCACUCCACUGCCCACCAGCGGGCCGCAGCCAUAUCCACAUUACCCGAGUCCCAGGCUCAGCACCUGCCCAUAGUCUCCACAUUACCUGAGUCCCAGGCUCAGUAUCGUGCCCACAAUCUCCAUAUUACCUGAGUCCCAAGCUCAGCGCCGGGCCCACAGUCUCCACAUUACCUGAGUCCCAGGUUCAGCACUGGGCCCACAGUCUCCACAUUACCUGAGUCCCAGGCUCAGCACUGGGCUCACAGUCUCCAUGAUGCAGACCACAUGGUCUGACUGUGCUGGGUCACACUGCUCCACCCUUCCUACCAGGAACCUUAAUGGGGGUUCUAUUGGUUCUUCUCCUUCCCCUUUUAAACAGGUGGCCCCAGCUACCCUCUGCCGAUACAAUAGUCUUCAUGCCCCCUCCUCUCUGAAUAUCCACCAUCCAUUUCCCCACCAGAUCUCGCCCCGGCCUCCAUCUACUCACCUGCCUUCCUCCGACCCCAACCCCCAGCAUUGCCGUGUCUUUACCAUUCCCUUUCUGUCCUCAGUCUGUCCUCAGCAGAGACCUCACCUUCGUUCCCCCCUGCCCCAUCUCAACGAGUUUCGGGUCCGCCAGAACGUAGUUCUUUUCUGUCGUCACCUCCACCUCCGUGACUUUUUCUAUGGGAAGGAGUCCGAACUACCCAAUGACUCCUUCUCCCGACUCCAACGGACCCCCUCCUCUUGGACUCCCCCAGAUGGCCAUCUACCUUAUUUAGACCUUUUCAUUUCCAACUGCUGGUGGGACAUCGACCGCCUCAACUUUUCCACUCCCUUUACUUUAACCUCUCCCACCGAACGUACAGCCCUCCGCGCACUCUGCAACAACCCCAACUUGAUUAUCAACCCUACAGACUAGGGAGACGUCAUGGCGGUCUGUCACACUGACCUCUACUGGUCUGAGGCCAGGUGACAAAUCUCAGACACCUCCUACUACUUAUCCUUGGGCCUUGACUCCACAGAUGAGCACCAGGCCUGAAUAUCACACACCAUUUCUGAUUUUACUAUUUCCGGCCUUCUGCACCCUGCAGACCUCACUGACUUCAUUCACUUCACGACUAAUUUCCAUCCUGCAUUCAAAUUCUCUUGGACUGUCUCCGACAUCUCCCUACCGUUUCUGGAUCUCACUGUCUCCAUGACAGGAAACAGACAAUUGACCAACACCUUCUACAAACCUACUGAUCCCUAUAGCUAUCUAGACUACACUUCUUUCCCACCCUGCUUCCUGUAAAGACUAUCCGCUACUUCCAGUUUCUCCGUUUACACCGCAUCUGUGCCCAGGAUGAGGUUUUCCAUACAAGAUCAUCGGAGAUGUCCUCAUUCUUAAGGAUAUGGGGACCCCCCUCUUCCAUUAUAGACGAGGCUCUCACUAGGGUUCUCCUCAAUACCAUGCAGCUCCGCUGUUGCCCACCCUCCCAAAAUUCACUACAAGGACAGAGUCCCCUUUGUGCUCACCUUCCACUCCAUUCGCCGUUGCAUACAGCAUAUAAUCCCCCAACACUUUCACCACCUCCAACAGAAUCCCAUUAUUGGCCACAUCUUUCCAUCUCCACCCAUUUCUGCUUUUCGCAGAGACUGCUCCCUCUGCAACUCCCUGAUCAACUCAUCCAUUCCCACCCAAACCACCCUCCUUCCCAGGUACUUUCCCCUGCAACUGCAGGUCAUGCAACACCUGUCCCUUUACCUACCACCUCGACACCAUUGGACAAGGUAGAUGCAGGAAAAAUGUUCCCGAUGUUGGGGGAGGCCAGAACCAGAGGUCACAGUUUAAGAAUAAGGGGUUGGCCAUUUAUGACUGUGAGGAAAUUCUAUUUCACUCAGCGAGUUAUGAAUCUAAGGAAUUCUCUGCCAAUUCACUGGAUGUUUUCAAGAGAGAGUUUGAUUUAGCUCUUCAGGCUAAAGGAAUCAAGGGAUGGAAACAUAGAAACAUAGAAAAUAGGUGCAGGAGGAGGCCUUUCGGCCAUUCAUUGUGAUCAUGGCUGAUCAUUCCCAAUCAAUAACCGUGCCUGCCUUCUCCCCAUAUCCCUUGAUUCCAUGAGCCCCUAGAUUUCUAUCUAACUCUCUCUUAAACCCAUCCAAUGACUUGGCCUCCACUGCCCUCUGUGCAGGGAAUUCCUCAAAUUCACAACUCUCUGGGUGAAAAAGGUUUUUCUCACCUCAGUCUAAAAUGGCCACCCCUUUAUUCUAAGACUGACCUCUGGUUCUGAACUCGCCCAACAUUGGGAACAUUUUUCCUGCAUCUUGCUUGUCCAGUCCUUUUAUAAUUUUAUAUGUUUCUAUAAGAUCCCCCUCAUCCUUCUAAACUCCAGUGAAUACAAGCCUAGUCUUUUCAAUCUUUCCUCAUAUGACAGUCCCGCCAUCCCAGGCAUCAAUCUCAUGAAACUACCCUGCACUGCCCCGAUCACAAGGAUGUCCUUCCUCAUAUUAGGAGACCAAAUCUGUACGCAAUACUCCAGAUGUGGUCUUACCAGAGCCCUAUACAACUGCAGAAGAACCUCUCUACUCCUAUACUGAAAUCCUCUUGUUAUGAAGGCCAACAUUCCAUUAGCUUUCUUCACUGCCUGCUGUACCUGCAUGCCAACUUUCAGUGACUGGUGUACAAGGACGCCCAGGUCUUGCUGUACCUCCCCCUUACCUAACCUAACCCCAUUGAGAUAAUAAUCUGCCCCCUUGUUUUUGCCACCAAAGCGGAUAACCUCACAUUUAUCGAUAUUAUACUGCAUCUGCCACAUAUCUGCCUACUCACUCAACCUGUCCAGGUCACCCUGCAACCUCCUAACAUCCUCGUCACAGUUCACACUGCCACCCCGCUUUGUGUCAUCCACAAACUUGCUAGUUUUGCUCCUAAUUCCCUCUUCCAAAUCAUUAACUAUAUGGUAAACAGUUGCGGCCCCAACACCGAGUCUUGCGGCAUUCCACUCGCCACUGCCUGCCAUUCUGAAAAGGACCCGUUCACUCCUACUCUUUGCUUCCUGUCUGCCAACCAAUUUUCUAUCCAUGUCAACACCCUAUUCCCAAUACCAUGUGCUCUAAUUUUAGUCACCAGUCUCCCAUGCGGGACCUUAUCAAAGGCUUUCUGAAAGUCUCGAUACACUACAUCCACUGGCUCCCCUUCAUCCAUUUUGCUUGUAACAUCCUCAUAAAAUUCCAGAAGAUUAAUCAAGCAUGAUUUUCCAAAAUCCAUGCUGACUAGGACUAAUCCUAUACUGCUAUCCAAAUCCCCCAAUAUUAAUAACUGCAUCUUUCGCACCACCAAAGUCAGGCUAACUGGUCUGUAAUUCUCCGUUUAUCUCCCGCUCCUUUCUUGAAAAGUGGGAUAACAUUAGUUAUCCUCCAAUCCACAGGAACUGAUCCUGAAUCUAAUGAACAUUGGAAAAUGAUCACCAAUGCGUCCACUAUUUCUAGAGUCACCUCCCUGACCAUCAUGCCCAGGUAAUUUAUCAUCCUUCAGUCCCAUUAGCCUACUGAAUGCUAUUUCUUGCCUAAUGAAAAUUUAUUUCAGUUCCUCGACCCCCUUAGAUCCUCUGUACUCCCGUAUUUCUGGGAGAUUGUUUGUGUCUUCCUUAGUGAAGACAGAUCCGAAGUACCUGUUCAACUCUUCUGCCAUUUCCUUGUUCCUCAUAAUAAUUUCACUCGUGUCUGCCUUUGAGGGCCUCACAUUUGACUUUGCUAUUCUUUUUCCCUUAACAUAUCGAAAGAAGCUUUUACUUUCCUUCUUUACAUUCCUAACCAGCUUCCCCUCGUACUUCAUCUUUUCAGCCCGUAUUGCCCGUUUUGUUUCCUUCUGUUGCCCUAUGAAUGUUUCCCAAUCCUCUGGCUUCCGGCUACUCUGUGCUGUGUUAUACAUCUUUUCUUUUAGUUUUAUUCUAUCCCUAACUUCUCUUGUCUGCCACGGUUGCCUCCUACUCCCCUUAGAAGCUUUCUUCCUUUUUGGAAUGAAAUGAUCCUGUGUCUUCUGGAUUAUGCCCAGAAAUUCCUGCCAUUGCUGUUCCACCGUCAUUCCAGCUAGAAACCCUUUCCAGUCCACCUUGGCCAGCUCCUCUCUCAUGCCUUCAUUAUCCCCUUUGUUCAACUGCAUCACCAACACUUCCAAUUUAACCUUCUCCUUCUCAAGAUAUGGGGAAAAAGCCGGAACGGCUUGUCACAUAAAUUGUCCCAUUAUUUCCCACAGACUGCUGUGGAGGGCGUCAGUAGAUAUUGUUACGUUAGAGAUAGAUUCUUGAUUAGUAUGGGUGUCAGAGGCUAUAGGGAGAAGGCAGGAGAAUGUGGUUAGAAGAGUGACAUAGAUAAGCCAUGAUUGAAUGGCAGAGUAGACAUGAUGGGCCGAAUGGCCUAAUACUACUAUCACUUAUGACCUCAUGACCUCACCACCUAGUGAGCUGUCUUGAACUACGAUCUGUCUCUUUGGAGAAGUUUAAACCAUCUUCAAUAGUCUUCAUUUUGCACUAAAUCUUGCAGCCUUUAUCUUACAUCUAUGCACUGUGGAUGGUGUGAUUAUAAUCAUGUAUAGUCUUUUCUUUGACUGGUAAAAUGCAAACAAAAGCUUUUCAGUACCUCGGUAUGUGAUGAUAAUAAAAUGAAUCAACUAAACUGAAGUGAACUAUCUUUAUUUACAUGCACACAUCACAUAUAUGUUUUUAUAUGUCACAGAUUAAUACAUUGUGGAAACUGGCCCUUCGAACCAACUCGCCCACACUGGCCAACAAUGUCCCAGCUACCCUAGUCCCACUUGCCUGCACUUGUUCCAUAUCCCUCCAAACCUGACCGAUCCAUAUACCUGUCCAACUGUUUCUUAAAUUAUGUCACAGUCCCAGCUUCAACUACUUCCUCUGGCAGCUUAUUCCAUAUGCCCACCAGCCUCUGUGUGAAAAGGUUACCCCUCGGAUUCCUAUUAAAUCUUUUCCCCUUCACCUUGAAUGUAUGCCCUCUGGUCCUCGAUUCCCCCACUCUGGAUAAAAGACUAUUCCUCUCAUGAUUUUGUAUACCACUAUAAUAUCUACACUCAUCCUACGCUCCAUGGAAUAGAGACUUAGACUUAGACUUAGCUCCUUUAUUUAUCAUUCAGACCUUACGGUCUGAACGAAAUGUCGUUGCCUGCAGCCAUACAUAUAAUAAUAAACAACAAAACACACGAUAAACACAAAUUAACAUCCAUCACAGUGAGUUCACCAGGCACCUCCC